CCAUUCACUCACAGAUGGACUCUGGAACAAAAAUGUCAUCUGUUAUCAAAAUUUUAUCAAAAACACCUGAAAUAUGAAUGAUAACACGCGUGUAUUAAUAAGAUUACGAACCAUAUCAUCUAAAUAGGAUUCGUGCAGCAAGUUAGUGGUUGUAACUAGGAUCAAAACCAGUUACAAUAUUAAUUCAAUAAUUCCGGCUAAAAGGUGGCCGGGUCCAGCAAGAUGGCGUGCUGAGGUCGUCCUAUUUAAAUCAUUCCAUUAUAAAAACAGUAAAGUAAAAUGGCAAGAUACUUUGAAAAUACUAGUACAUUCAACUUCAGUUGGGACCAGGUGGCAUCUGGCUAUUGGAAAAGAUACCCUAAUCCACAGAGCGCCCAUGUACUGUCAGAAGACACAUACUGCCGGCAGGUCAAAGAUGGCUGUCUGUACACCAAGAGGCUACUCACUAAGACGAACAGGGUACCCAAGUGGGGGGAGAGAUUCUUCAGCGCGAAGUGUGUCAAAAUCAUCGAAGAGAGCAUAGUAGAUCCGGAGAAGAAGGUUCUUGUCACAUACACUAGAAAUCUAGGUUACACUAAAGUUAUGAGCGUAAUAGAGCGCGUGGAGUACCGCAGCGCGGGCGCCGGCUCCACGGUGGCGAAGCGCUCCGCGUGGAUCGACUCACAGGUGUUCGGUUUUUCGCGCGCCAUUCGCGCGUUCGGCGUUGAUAGAUUCCGCAAAAAUUGCUCGCAAAUGUACAACGGCUUCAACGGCGUCCUCCACAGUCUGUUCCCCAAGCAGCAACACACGCCGACGCCGCUGUCGCCGCUGCAGUCGCUGCACAACAUGCGCGACGCCGCCGCCGCCGCCACAGACCGCGCCAAGCGGAACGUGCUCUCCUCCGUCAACCGCACUUAACAGGAUGACUUGAAGACAGGCAGAGACAGUUAAGUGCUAGUGAAGAAUAGACGUUGUGUCGACGCGUUAAGGAUCAUAUUCUAUUGGAAUCGCCGCCGUGCCCUGGAUAUAUGGGAAGUGUAGUUCGAAAGUAUCUUUAAGAGUUUUAUUAUUGAUACAAUGAUAUAGUCAUAUAAUGGAUUGUAAGAUAGAUUGGACUAUGAGAUGCUUAGUAGAAAUUGAGGAGUAACUGGUACUUAAGCUUAGAAUAAAUUUAAAAGUGGAAAAAUUACUGUCUUGGGUUAGACUUGAACUCACGGCCUCUGGAUCGAUACUCCAGCGCUCUGCCAUCUGAGCUACCAAGCCAUCCAUAGCCAGCAAAUCUUUCCACCAUAUUGGUCAUAUGGCUUUUUUUCCACUUUAAAAUUU